GGAUGCUGGGAGAUCAAUAUCCAUGGAAGACAUUUUGGAUUUAAAAGGAGCUCGCUCAGUGAUUGAAGAAAAUAAGCUCAGUUGGAAACACCAUUUAUCAUUGCGGUCGCCCUGAUAUUUACUUAGAAUGUACCGUCAAAGGGUUUGUUUGUCAGUCGUGCGCGAUGAAAUGGCGUCGUUCUAGUGAACAUUUCCACGCAUUUAUCCCAAACCAUAUUGCCGCGCUCAUCUGGGAAUUCUGUUGAGAUAGGUUUGCUGCUGUUGCUGUCUCAGCUGUGUGUGUGUACAUCGAGAAGGCUCCUAUAGUUCCUGGCUGUUCUACGAGGAAUUAACCAAUUUAGCCUCUAAGUGUAUUAGGUCCUAGGUCCACCAGGCAAUGUCAAUCAUGGUGUACCCCAGGGAGGACCGACUGGAGAAGCUGUCCCAGGAGGAGAUCAUCUCCAACACCAAGCUGGUGAUCCAGGGCCUGGAGGCGCUGAAGAGCGAGCACAACUCCAUCUUGCACAGCCUGCUGGAGACCAUCCGCUGCCUGAAGAAGGACGAGGAGGCCAACCUGGUGCACGAGAAGUCCAGCCUGCUGCGCAAGUCGGUAGAGAUGAUCGAGCUGGGGCUGGGCGAGGCGCAGGUGAUGAUGGCCCUGUCUGCCCACCUGAACGCUGUGGAGUCGGAGAAGCAGAAGCUGCGUGCCCAGGUACGUCGGCUGUGCCAGGAGAACCAGUGGCUGCGGGACGAGCUGGCGGGCACCCAGCAGAAGCUGCAGAAGAGCGAGCAGAACGUGGCCCAGCUGGAAGAAGAGAAGAAGCACCUGGAGUUCAUGAACCAGCUCAAGAAGUUCGACGAGGACGUGUCCCCUAUUGAGGAGAAAGAUGGAGAGCCUCCUAAAGAUACACUAGAUGACCUCUUCCCCAAUGAUGAGGAGGAAAACAGUCAAGGAAUGCCGCACCAGCAUAACAGCGCAGCAGUGGCCGCAGCCCAGCAGGGUGGCUAUGAGAUCCCGGCCCGCCUGAGGACCCUCCACAACCUGGUGAUCCAGUAUGCCUCCCAGGGCCGCUACGAGGUGGCCGUGCCCCUCUGCAAACAGGCCCUGGAGGACUUGGAGAAGACAUCUGGACACGACCACCCUGACGUGGCCACCAUGCUCAACAUCCUGGCCCUGGUCUACAGGGACCAGAACAAAUACAAGGAGGCGGCUCACCUGCUCAACGAUGCACUGUCUAUCCGGGAGAAAACCCUUGGGAAAGACCACCCUGCGGUGGCUGCGACACUGAACAAUCUGGCAGUGUUGUAUGGCAAGAGGGGGAAGUACAAGGAAGCUGAGCCCCUUUGCAAGAGGGCUCUGGAGAUCAGGGAGAAGGUGCUGGGCAAGGACCAUCCUGAUGUGGCCAAGCAGCUGAACAACCUGGCCCUGCUGUGCCAGAACCAGGGCAAGUACGAGGAGGUGGAGUACUACUACUGCCGGGCCCUGGAGAUCUACGAACGCAGGCUGGGCCCUGACGACCCCAACGUGGCCAAGACCAAGAACAACCUGGCUUCGUGUUACUUGAAGCAGGGGAAGUACAAGGAGGCGGAAGUCCUUUACAAAGAGAUCCUCACCCAAGCUCACGAGAAGGAAUUUGGAUCCGUGGAUGCUGAGAACAAGCCCAUCUGGAUGCAUGCCGAGGAGCGGGAGGAGUGCAAGAGCAAAGAUGACUAUGGAGAUUAUGGCGGCUGGUAUAAAAACUGCAAGGUGAACAGCCCCACUGUCAACACCACGCUACGUAAUCUGGGAGCUCUGUACCGCCGCCAAGGCAAGAUGGAGGCCGCUGAGACCCUGGAGGAUUGUGCCUUGAGGUCCCGAAAACAGGGUGUGGUGGAGCUGCAGAGAGACGGAGACGGGAGGAGGAGCAGGGAGAGUCUGAGCAGCGUCAAAUACGAGAGCGCCUCCGAAGCAGGGGAGGACGGCAGCGUGGACUGGAAUGGGGCCUAAAUCAGCGGGAUGACCUUCCUCCGUCACUCUCCUCAACCAAUCAAAUCAAGCCAACCAAUCAAAUCACGCCAAUCGAAUCAAAAUGGAUGCCGCUUGUCAUUUCCUCUGUGUGAAGCCUCUUCUAAUCUCUCAUGGAGGACACCUCCUUCAUCCCCACUCCAAAUUCUGGCCCAAAACGGAUUAUCCCUUUCACCUCCGCCUCUUUCUCUCUCACACACUUUCCCUCGCUCUCUCUCUCACAUGUUCUCUAUCUCCCUGCAUUUUCCACACUCUGCCCUGCUUCUCCUCAUCUCUUACCCUCUUCCUCUUGCAUUUUCUCUCUCUCUCUAGCUAAAUUGCUCUUUCGUUCAUGCCCUCUCAUUUCUCUCAUCAUGCUGCAUCACAUCAUCUUUCUCUUCCUCUAUCCAUCUCUCCCCCUCUUUGUCUCUCCCUUUUCUCUUGCUGUGUCAUCACUUGUGUACUAUGUAUGAUAUUCUAACCAAUAAGAGAUGGUGGACAGUGGCACCAGAGGCCAAUUGAACACCGGAAACUUAACUAUCAAAGCUUUGGAUUGGUUGUUUGAUUUUCCCUCUUUUCUGUUCUCCUUGUAUGCAAAUAUGAUUGCUUUUCAAUUGAUCUUCAUAUUUCCACCAAGCACAGUCACACAGUUAUAACGGCAUCAAUUAUUAGUCCACUAUCAAAUGAGACCAGUUAGACUUUGUAUCCUGUUUUGUUACAGCUAUAACAGUGCAGCUAGCUACAGUACUGUUUUUUUAUUUUGCUGCAGACAGCUUUUUGUCCUGACAUUUGACCAGGAUUGAACUACCUAGGUGCCUUUUUUUAUUUUAACUUAUUUUAACUUGCAACUUGUUUUAAGUGUGACCAUGACCCUUGUAAAAUAUUAAUGCGUACUAUUAUGUUAUAUGGGAGCAGAUGUAAGAAAAUACAAAAUAUUAUGACGCUAUUAUAAUGAUUCCAAGUCACGUCGCCACUUACAAGCACCUUUUGAGUUUACACAUUGAUUACUAAUGUGUUUUAUUGAGAUUAGUGUAUCAAUGUCUCCUGUUUUAUUGUUUUUAUUUAGUUUACUUUUAUGCUAUUUAAGAAAAUAUUAAACAGUGUUUAUCAUCAUGCUUAUUUAUCUUUGCAUUGUCCCUCUAAGCAAUUGCUUAAUAUUUUAAGCCAUUAUUAUUAUAUAGCCAUAGGAUCAGGAAUGAUGGUGGUGUCAGUGCCUGAUUUAUGGUAUUGACUUUUAAAGAGGAACAGCUUGCUAAAUGUAGGUUCAAACUAAGUCUUUGAAUUGAAUGGCAUUGUGCAAGUUGCUUUUCCAAAGCCAUGGCUUGAAAAAUGUGAUUUUCUCUGUAAUUAUGCUCCAAGCAAGAGAUAAUCUUGUUUCAUGUAUUGAAGUAGCCAUUGAAAAGGGACACAAACACCAGAGACACAGAAACACACAAAUUAAUGUACACUGCCGCACAAAGUCGUUGUAUUUGACUUUGUAUUUUGAGUGAAAUUUCGUGAGGUCCAUUAUUUGGUUUUAGCUUGAUGGUCCUCUUGUUGUUCCUGGCACAGCUCUCUCUCUCUUGUUAUCCUCAUCUUAAAAGCCUACUUUACCCUGUCAUGACGUAAGGCAGUCAUAACAGCUUAUGUUAGUUUAUGACACCUCUAUGAAUAGCCAUGGCACAUAUGAAACGACAAAUGUUAGCUACCUUGUCAGCCAACAACUUAGUUACCUUGAACACAGUGACAAGUGACCUGGCUGGCUGCACAUAAGCUAUACGUUAUAAAUUGACAUCAGAUUUUGAUUGCUCCUGAUGACAUUGUCAUGCUAUGCUUAUAGCAGCUUAAAGAUCUGCUGUAGAUUGGGUAUUUUAAGUUAGGUGUGAUCAUAUUGAGGCAUCGUUGAACAGUGUUAUGUUACCUGAAUGGAAAGAUUUUUCAAACAACACUGCAGCUUGAAAUGUACUCACGGAUGUCCACUACUUAACUGUUCCAGUUUCUUUUCUAUUUCCCAUGUUUCAGUCACUUUAGUUUAGUUAGUAUAAAGAAGGAACGAGGGGAACAAUGUAUUUUAGUCUGAAUACGUGUAGUACUAGUAACUAACCUUCUAGCUAGCCAGUCUUUUCAGCAUUAGCCAACACCACCAAAUUGAAGUUGCCUGUAUGCCGUGUAGUUUACUCUAUAAGGACUUUAACUAUUAUAUAAGAACUGUUUCACAAUCAGUGCAGGUAUAUACUCAAUUAUAGUACAUUUACAGAUAAUGGUUUAAAAGAAAGUGCAUGUGCUUUACCAAAACUGAUGCGGUACUAUGAGACUAUUAGUUAAUGUGUAGUUAUUGAAUAGUUAAAAGUAAUUACACUAUUUGUUACCAUAUGAAAAUGCAAUUCCAUGUAACUGUGGCAUUUUGGUGUCUCAGUGUAAAGAGACGGCUCCAAUGUCGCUAACCGAUUCUGAAAAGCAGUAAUAGUGGAGCUAGCCAAUUCUGAAACACACUGGCUGUCGGGCUGGUAGGCCUAUGUAGUGGAGCAAUCUAGCUAUGUCACACCUUUUUUUAAUCGGUCUGUCUGUAGAACGUUGUGCUCUCCAUUACUGAUACCCCUGUCCUGGCAUUAUGUAGGCCUACGUACACCCUCGCUCUGUUACAUUGUGAUGAAUGUGUCUCUUAACUUUGUUUGACAUCGACUGAAAAUAAAGACUUUCAUUUUGGGCUUU